CUUUGAACUUCCCUUCCUCGCCUACCGUUCCGUCUAGUCGUCUCAGAGCAUUCCUGUCAGAUCUUACGAAAAUCACCUUUUUAUUGAUGAAGGAUCGCCUCCUAUCCUCCUGACGCACCAUGCCGUACGUUCCUCCUCAUAAGCGAGCCAGUGCAACCAGCUCCGGUGCUGAACCUGCUUCCAGGACGCCAGCAAUGCCGAGUCAAAGCCAUGCAGGUUCGGCUCCCGGAUCGGAAAGCAGGUUCGGGAAAGGCCGUGGCAGAGGCUGUGGUCAGACGGGUGGCCGAGGCAACAAUCAUUCGGCAAGAAAAAUUCCGAUACAGAAUGUUCGCGACGUUGUGCUGUAUACAAUAGUUGACGAUUUCGCUGAGCGUGAGUCUUCCGUUAUGGGAACUUCAUGCAGCGGUAACUGUUCUUGUAACGGGGGAACAGCUCGAUGCAACCGCAUGCUGCUCAGAUUCCGACCGUUCAAAGGGAGGAGCUACCUGCACUUACAGGGUCAGAACCUCUCCCUUCUAACGAGGGUUCCAGAAUCCGACAAUGACCGUAUCGAACCACCCAAUCAUGACAACUCCGAUCCACUUUUCGACGGACUUUCCGAACCACCUUUCAAGCCAUCUCCCGCCUCUCGUCUCUCCAGAUUUCAAUCGACCUCCUUAUUCGACGCCAUAGCGGGCCCGCUUUUCAAGGGGCUAGAGGCGGUUCAUAAGGCAAUGGAGUUUGCCGCCCGGUCGCAGCUUAGGCGGCCGUCUGUCGACCGAUGCAAGCUGGUGGUGCGCCUGGGGAAGCUGCUGUUCGGCCCUCCUUUCGGGUCGCCAGAGUCUCUCCUCCCCGGCCUACCGCCCUUCACAGCGGGGGCAUUUGAGGCGCACCGGAACAGGCAGGGGAGGAGGCUCCCUGUGAAUGUGACGCGGUCGCUGGAGACAGGCAUGCCCGAGACUCUGUUCCAAGCGGUGGAGAGCAUUGUGAUGGCGGGAGAGGGGGCCAGCGCGCGCAGGAAAGAGACGUACUACAUACGGGUAGUAGACACAGAGCACCUGAUAGUAGACACAGAGCAGCCGGUUGACACAGAGUACAAGUUAGUGUGCGAGCCGGACACUGGUGGCUCAGGAAUUAUCCUCACUAAGGUGAAGCACAAUCCUCUGCGCUAUGCAGUCAUUGACGUCUCUCGCCCCUCCAGGGACAUUGAUUUCCGGCUCAUGCUGUGGACUGACACCCGUCUAUGCUCGCUUGAUGACGCCACUCGGUCUGCCUGUGAGCGCAUAGCAUCCACAGCAAUCAUCGACGGCAGCUCAAAAGGGGGGCUGCACUGGCCGAUCACCCUCGACUUUGAUGUCGGCAUGCCCCCCUCUCCCUCCUCUCCAUCCUCCACCACAACUCAUGCGCCUUCACCAGCUCCUUCACCAGCGCCUUACCGGUCGCCACCGAGUCGCUUCAGAGUGCGGAGUGUGCGGCAUGAGCGGAAGUUGCGCGUGGAGUCAGGCGGGCUACUGUGGAAGCUGUACAGGGUGAAUGGGGUGGAGUACGAGCACGGCGGAGGGCGGUUAACAAAUGAAGUUGACUUCUGCCCGCUGGCAUGGCAAGAAAAGAUGAAGAACCAUCAAGAUCCGAGCACUGGCAGCGCAAAUUCUGCCCUUUCUAGCGAGCCUACAUCCACCUACUCGGCUGCAUCUUGCUUUGGCUCGAGCUUGCAGCAGUCAGCGCCACACUGGACUCCAGAAGGCAUUCUUGCUGAAUGCCCUGCCCUCACACACUGGAUGCAGCAACACCUGCCGUAGACGAAGUAUAGAGAACAAGGGUAUGUAUGUAGCUGCACGCCCGUAGUGCCUGUUGACGAGCACAUGGAAGCAGCCAUGGCCCAUGGUACCAUUCCGUCGUCCAGUUUCUGGCAGAUGGGGCAUUGGCUCAACGGCGGGCUGUCUAUGUGAAUGGGUAUCUUCAAUCUUGAAGCUGACCACAGGUUGGUAAUACACCAUAUCAACAAUUUAUUAAGAUGAGUAUUGGUAACAAACAAGUGGAAUUGUGGUAUGGGUACCAGUACCGGUAUCCUGCGUGGUUCUUGGGGCCUGUCUAGCGCGUUCUCAGAGAGUUAAAAAA